UUUAAUGUGGACUCGUAGAAUUCGAUUCCAAGCGUUAAAUUAGUCAAAUAGCUAAAUUACAACACCAAGUAAACGCAGAAAGCAGAAAGAUUGAGUUGUGACAGCGAGCCGAUUAAAGAUAAAAUGAAUGGGAGCAUUGAUGAUGAUGGCAAGCUCUGAAGUAGAUCCGAUCCGUGAUGUCAGAAGUCAGUAAUUGGUGAAAUUCAACACCAACUGGUACUGGAGAUGAAUACGGCUCCCCUCGCAACAUUGCAAGUUAAGGCAUCUGUACAAUCCACAGCCUGGAGCUACGGCACAGAGCGCAAACUGGAGCUGACUGAUCGCAGGGGACCUCGCUUUGGCGUUCACCGCGUUGAGCCUAAUACGGGAAUCCUCAUUGCCGCUCUGUAAAUAGACCUCCAAGCACUGCAACCUGCGCGACACGGCGGUCCGUGUGCGAGCGAGUUAUACUGGCAUGUUUCUCGGGAAAAACGACAUUCCGUGUUUCACAGCAGAAGCGUGAAGAACCGGGCUGUAAAGAGACGCCGCUCAGAGACAGCGGAGAUCUCGGCGAUCCUGCAGCCCCUUGCAAUGUGGCGGUUCUGAGGUCGCAGCCCUAGACGAAGCUAGGCGUCCUCUGCUGUGUGAGCUAGGGGCCAGUCCAUGAACCGGAAUCUUCUGGCGUGAAAUUCUGUUUUCACUUAGAACUCUGCUGCUUGGACAAAUGCAUACAAAUGCAUUUAGGAGCCCAACGGACAAGGAGUGGAAACAUUUCUCCCACCGCGAAAACGAGGGCGUUCUUCUUGCUACUAUCAAUAUGCACAGAAGUGUUGUUUGCACGAGAACAGGGGCAGGCACAAGGUGUAGAUAUUCUUCAUCAGCUUGGCCUUACAGGCAGCAGAGAGAGACACUCCUCAGGGACAACUGCUCUCCCAUCAUCCUCUCCUCCACCUUUUCCUCAGGGCAUCCUUCUAUCAGAAGCAGGAGUUACUCUAACAAGAGGUGCUCGCAUUGAGGCUCCAACAGCGAGGCUGUUCUCCACUGAGUUCGGGAGCGAAUUCACAAUCAUUGUGAGCCUGCGCUCAGAGAGAGUGAACAAUGCUUUCCUUUUCAGUGUCAGGAACAAGAAAAACAGAUUACAGUUUGGCAUUCAGCUUUUGCCGAAGAAGGUCGUCAUUUACAUUGCAGAGAAGACGUCAGUCUUUUUUAAUUACAAUGUGCACAACGGGCAGUGGCACUCCUUUGCCAUCGGUGUCCGUGAGCAGUCGGUGUCCUUGCAUGCGCAAUGUGGAGGCCAGUAUUUCAACAAGGAGACACAUGCCAGGCCUCAGCAGCUGAGCUCUGAAGGCUUCCUCACCUUAGGAAGGAUGAACAUUAAAGCUGUUCAAUUUGAAGGUGUAAUAUGUCAGUUGGACAUUUAUCCCUCUGCACAGGCCUCUACAAAUUAUUGCAACUAUGUGAAAAAACAGUGUCGCCUUGCAGACACAUACCGAUCACCAACCCCUGACAUAGGUACAGAAUCUAAUGGUCAUAUGACUUCAAACCUGCAUGUGGUGGAAUCCCAGGUAAACCCUACAUUAUCCGAGGAUUCUAGAAUGGAGAGAAAACCUGGAAGUGCCUCUGCUGUUUCAGGCAGUAGUGUUGUGUGGCACCAGGAUUUACAUCCCAGGUCUUCCGAAAUCCCAAAUCCAAGAGCUCUGCCUGAGGAAUCCUUGCAGCUCCAUCGUCGAAACACUUUUGAAAGUGGUUUGGCCACGUUUGGUGUGGGGCAGAGGAAAGGAACAUCUUCGGGUAGGUCUGGAUCCAUGGGGAGUCCAUCGGAGAAUGCCACUGAGAACGACAGCCGAAAUAAAGGGCACACUCCUGCCAGUGACGCCCCUCCGGCGCUCCCGCCAGCCAGGCAGGGUAAGAUCAAAGAGAUCCUGAGUGGCAGGAGCAGAUCCAGGCAGUCGACAGAUGGUUUACUGGGAGGUCAGCUCAGAAUUAACACCACUUUGUACAGGGCACCCCAGGAAACUGAAAAUCUGGUGGACAUGUGGGAGGAACCUGCCUACACUGAGACAAACUACAACACCGACAAGGUCUAUGACCUGGACAUGGGAGAUUAUGACUACAGCUAUGGAGAAAUGGACUACUCUGUUGAUUAUGAUGGGCUACAGGGACCGAAAGGAGAGCCUGGUCCCCCGGGUCCCCCCGGUCCCCCUGGUUUGCUUGGCCCUCCUGGAAGAAGAGGCCCUCGGGGACUGCCAGGACCACAUGGAAACCCUGGAUUGCCUGGCCUGCCUGGUCCGAAGGGUGCCAAAGGAGAUCCGGGACUGUCCCCAGGCCAGGCUCCACCUGGAGAGAAGGGUGACCCAGGGUUUCCAGGGCCGCUGGGACAGCCAGGUGUUCCAGGUGUAGAGGGUCCCAAGGGGUACACAGGGCCACCAGGGCUGCCGGGGGAACAGGGAAUCCCAGGACCACCAGGAACGGCUGGGGCAGCAGGUUACCCUGGCAGGCAGGGCUUGGCUGGGCCAGAAGGUAACCCAGGUCCUAAAGGUGUCCGUGGUUUCAUCGGCCCCCCUGGGGUGGCUGGUCCACCUGGCCUGGAGGGAGAGAGGGGAGUUCCUGGCCCAAUUGGAAAGAAAGGACCCAAAGGCAGACAGGGUGUCGUUGGUGAUGUCGGCGAGAGAGGCCCCCCAGGUCCGGAUGGGAGUGAAGGACCUGCGGGUGCAGCUGGAAGUGCGGGCUUUCCUGGGCUGAGGGGUGACUUGGGACUGGAAGGGCCUCGCGGGCCGACGGGUGUGGUGGGACCUCAGGGCCUGGCCGGACGCGUGGGGCAGCCUGGAUUGAAAGGUGAUAAGGGGGAACCUGGAUUAAUGGGUGAACCGGGAGAGUAUGGUUACCCUGGAGAUAAGGGUGCAGCGGGCUUGCCGGGACCACCGGGACCUCGAGGGAAGCCGGGACCGCCGGGGAAAAUGGGUGAGCCGGGCCCCCAGGGGUCCCCAGGUCCUCCAGGCCCAGAGGGUUUUCCAGGAGAUAUUGGUGCUCCAGGUCCAAAUGGCCCACCUGGUCCAAAGGGGACUCAAGGUGUCAGAGGACCAGUGGGGCCUCCCGGGCCGAAAGGAACUGAGGGUGAUGAAGGCCCUCUUGGGCCACCAGGGGGACCAGGGCCUAUUGGAAGACCAGGAAGGAAAGGGUAUAUUGGGGAGGCUGGACAAGAAGGCUUGAAGGGGGAGCCAGGGGACCUGGGAAAUUUGGGAAAAACUGGACCUCAGGGGCCUGUUGGGUUAAUUGGACCUUCUGGGCUGGUUGGAGUCCAUGGCGAAAAGGGUGACCGAGGUCCUGCUGGUCCCUUGGGUCCUCCAGGUGAAAAGGGGUCCAGGGGUUACCCAGGUCUUCCAGGCAGCCCGGGGGAUAUCGGCCCACAGGGCCCUCCAGGGCCAGCCGGAUCGAGAGGAUCUCCUGGUAUUCCUGGACCAAAAGGGCGAAGAGGACCGAGAGGCUCAGACGGCCCACCAGGCGAACGCGGGCCACAAGGUACUAAGGGAGAGCAAGGCCAGUCUGGGAAGAAGGGAGAGCCAGGCCUGAUUGGAAAAGCUGGAAAUCCAGGGGAAAGAGGCCUUCCUGGGAUUCCGGGUGUACCUGGGAUUCCAGGGAAUGCGGGUGAGAGAGGAGCCCAUGGUGAACCAGGCCCUAGGGGAGCGCAGGGAGAGCCUGGACUGGCCGGGGAGAUGGGCCCAGAGGGAGCUCCAGGCCCUGAGGGGGAUUCUGGGCCUCCAGGGGAGCCAGGACUGAAGGGAGACGGCGGAGCUGACGGGAAUGAAGGAGACCAGGGGCUGCUGGGCAUGAGGGGUCCCCCUGGUCCAGUGGGAGAGGAGGGCGCUCAGGGAAAGGAUGGUCACAAGGGGGAGCCGGGAGACCCUGGUCCUCAGGGAGAGACUGGGGACAAAGGCGAAGAGGGAGACCCUGGUCCCACUGGUCCUGCUGGUGAACCUGGAAGACGUGGAGGCCCAGGCCCUGAAGGAAAACUUGGCGUUCCAGGCCACCGCGGUCGCCCAGGGAAGAAGGGGGAGAGAGGGCAGACGGGAGCUGCUGGCGAGGUCGGGCCGCACGGCAGUCCUGGGCCGCCUGGAGCCACAGGACCCAAGGGUGCAAGAGGAACCAGAGGCCUGCUGGGCCGAGCAGGACUGAUGGGCCCUGAGGGGGAACCUGGCAUCGCAGGAUAUACAGGCCAUGCUGGAAAGCUGGGUCCACCUGGCCCACUUGGCCCGAAAGGUGAAAAGGGUUACCCAGGAGAAGAUAACAGGACGCCAGGACCCCCCGGGCCCUUAGGUGAAACAGGGCCUGCUGGAGAGCGCGGUGAUCGAGGAGAGCCUGGAGAUGAAGGUUAUAAGGGUCACAUGGGCAUUACUGGACCAAGAGGUGCCGUUGGACAGCAAGGCCCACCUGGGAAGCCAGGGGAACUGGGAGAGCAGGGGCCCAAGGGAGAGAAAGGAGCUCAGGGCCUGCCAGGAAAGAAGGGAGCCAGGGGCCCCCCGGGGACACCAGGCACUGAGGGAGGCACUGGCUUGCCAGGUCCCAGAGGAGCUCCAGGUUACCCCGGAUUCGAAGGUCCUCCAGGACACCCUGGACAGCCAGGACGUCCAGGGAAAGUUGGACAUGUGGGUCAGCGCGGCGCUCCAGGGCCGGUGGGCCAGGCCAGUCUUCCCGGGCUGCGAGGGGCAGUGGGACUGCCAGGAAACCCGGGGGAGAGAGGUCCUCCAGGGCCCAAGGGGGAGCAUGGUCUGGCAGGGGAGAGGGGGGCUGCAGGACUCAAGGGAAUGGCAGGGGCGUCAGGAGACCAGGGCGUGAAAGGAGAAUCGGGCAACAAAGGACAGCCAGGCGAUCCCGGUGAUCAGGGGUUACUUGGCUUUCCAGGGUUCCCUGGCCCAAAGGGACCGAAUGGGGAUCUAGGCUUGACUGGCAUUCCUGGGCCAAAGGGUCCUGUCGGUAUAGCGGGGUUCAGUGGGCCGGUUGGUCCUGUUGGGCUGAUUGGUCCCGUUGGGAGACCUGGACCUAGAGGCACUAAAGGAAGUCGUGGAGAAAUGGGUCCUCAGGGGCCAAGAGGGCGUCCAGGUCCGCCUGGUCCUCCAGGGCCUCCUGGUCCCACGAAACUGUUGGAUAUUAAUGUGGCCAUUCGAGCCUUGAUUGAAUCGAGUGCAGCCCUGGAGGCGCAGAGCUAUCAGAACACUGAAAUGGCCUUGCUUGACCAAAGUACAGAGAUCUUCAAAACUCUGCACUACCUGAACAGUCUAAUGCAAAGUAUUAAGAACCCUCUGGGCACCCGAGACAAUCCAGCCAGAAUCUGCAAAGACUUGCUGAGCUGUGAACAAAAGCUGACAGACGGAAAAUUCUGGAUAGAUCCCAAUCUUGGAUGUCCUUCUGAUGCCUUCGAGGUUUUCUGCAACUUUACAGCUGGGGGCCAGACAUGUGUCCACCCCGUGUCAGCGUCCAAGAUGGAAUUUGGCAUUGGAAAAGUGCAGCUGAGGUUUCUUCACUUGCUGAACACGGAAGCCACGCACACAAUUACGGUGCACUGUCUGAACACGCCGGUGUGGAACCACACGGGGUCUGGGCAGCACAGGGAGUCUGUUCGCUUUAAGGGCUGGAAUGGCCAGACCUUCAAGGCAAACUCAUUAUUUGAGCCACACGUGCUACUCGACGAGUGCAAGAUUCAAGACGGCAGCUGGCACCAGUCACGCUUCUUCUUUCAAUCUCAGGACAGCACCCAGCUUCCCAUCACCGAGAUCCUCGGACUCCCUCGCCCCCAGCCAGGCCGGCGGUACGAGAUCGAGGUGGGGCCCGUCUGCUUUACAUGAGGCGGUCACAGAACACUACAGCGUGCAGCCAAGUUAAACACAGCAGCGCCUCGAGAGGUCGCCGGUUUCCAGCAAGACAUCGUCGUCAAUUUGUCCCUAGCAGGAAAAAACCCCAAAGAUGCCAUCAGGAAAGUCCUGGACUUGUGGGAGAUGGAUGGUGUGGAGAAUGGGAAGCUACUGACUCAAGGAAGCCUGUGAGCGCAGUCCACACCAGUAUCCAUCACAGACAUGUUAUAUGCAGAACAGGGCUUCUGGCUGUGGCUCCCGGAGCACAGCUCAGUGUGCCGAACCUUCAAGGGCACGGGCCCACCACACUGCCACCCCCGACGGCGCUGAGUGGAGCCGCAGGGCACUGCGGACACCAACACUCCAGACGUGCAGUAGCCUGCGGAUGGAUUACUGCUUUUUAAAAGUCGACAGGUUUCACGUUUCUAAUUUUUAAUCUGGAUCUGCUGUCCGCUGUGGACACGUGCGUUUUAACAGAUGGUGCUCUACCUCCUGGAUGUGUGGACUUCAAAAAAAAAAAAUAAUUACACACGUGCUUCAAAUAUUAAAAAAAAAUGGUGCUUGUGGUUUUGAAAUUGUUUUAAAGUUUUUAUUUCAAGUUGUAUGUACUGGUUACAUCGCGAUCUUUCCAGUUGUAAAAGUACUUAUUCGAAAUAAUUUUUGGCCAUUUAUUUCAUUACAGUUUUUUAUUUAUAUGAACUUAUGACAAAUUGUGUAUGUCAAGUUUUUUUUUUUUUAUGUAGUUUUGUUUAUGGAAGUGCCAUUCAAAGUGGCACGCCUUCAUGUGGCCUGUAGCCAGGUAAACGUUCUAGCCCUUGGAAGUAAUGUUGUAGAGCAACUUCAUUUUUUAAAAGCAUUUUGGAUUUUAGCUUGAUAUUUUUCUGAACAUUAAAGGAAUCCUUGAUAGCAUCAAGA